UUAAAAUCGAUAAGCGAGAAAUUUAGUACGAAAACUUUUGCUGCAGAUAAAACAGUGUUAAAAACAACCUCGCAAUCUCUGCUGUCAUUCCUUCAUUCCUGUUGCAUAUUCCCGUUAUUAUUAUUAUAAUUAAUAAUUUAUUUACUGCGCUUAUUACUUCCUGAAAAAAGUUAAUUAAAUGAACGGGUUUGUUAUUGAAGUGUAAAAAAUUACUUACAGCAGAAUGAUACACGAGGAAAAAGUACUAGACGAAAAUCAGUGGAAAAUAGAAGCCCAAGCGAUAAUAAACGACGUCAAGAAUUACGUCCAGGACAUAAGUAUUUCGCAGAAACUCCAGAGUACGAACAGUAAAAUUUAUCUGAACCUCACAACCCUCGAGGGUGAUAAAUAUUGUGUUAAAGUGUCAUCAGCUGGAUUUGUAGUAGCUAGUGAUCAUCACGACACCAUAACCAAUACUCAAACCGAGGCCCAAGUAUUCGAGACCCCCUACGGACUUUUGGACUCCAUAAGCCCGAAAUAUAGAGAGUCGUUUGGGAAUGAUUUAAUUAACAAAUUAAAUAAUCUAAGUAACUAG